AUGGAAAGCUGGCUGAAACAGUAUGGAGCGUCAGGCUUGGAUGACUUGGAGCUUGCCGACUUCUCGAACACUGGGCGCGGUGUCAGGACGCUGCGGCGAUUUGAGGAAGGAGGAAAGAUUCUCACCAUUCCACAUGGCGUUCUCUGGACAGUGAAACACGCAUAUGCUGAUCCCGUCCUUGGGCCAGCCCUUCUCUCGGCGCGGCCGCCCUUGUCUGUCGAUGACACUUUGGCUACGUAUAUUCUCUUUGUCCGAUCGCGCGGGUCGGGAUAUGAUGGUCUGGGAAGCCAUGUAGCAGCGCUGCCUGCGAGCUAUACUUCGAGUAUCUUCUUUGCGGAGGCCGAGUUGGAAAUUUGCGAGGGAACUUCGCUCUACACUACCACGAAGCAGCUGGAUCGACAGAUCGAGGCCGAUUAUAAGGAAUUGGUAGUACGACUAUUUGGAAGACAUCAAGAACUGUUCCCAUGCGACAAGUUUACCAUCGAAGAUUACAAGUGGGCACUCUGCACUGUGUGGAGUCGUGCGAUGGAUUUUAAGCUGGGCAAUGGAGAUUCGAUUCGACUUUUGGCGCCCUUCGCAGACAUGUUGAAUCACUCGCCCAAGGUUGAGCAGUGUCAUAUCUACGAUGUCUUGUCUGGAAACCUCUCUAUUCUUGCCGGGAAAGACUACGAACCUGGAGAUCAGGUUCUCAUCAAUUACGGUCCUGUUCCAAACAAUCGCUUAUUACGUCUCUAUGGCUUUGUCGUGCCCAGUAAUCCCAACGACAGCUAUGAUCUCGUUCUUGCGACACACCCCAUGGCGCCUUUUUUUGAGCAAAAGCACAAACUCUGGGUAUCCGCUGGACUCGAUUCGACCUCUACUGUCUCUCUUACUCUCACCGAUCCGCUACCAAGUAGCAUCCUUCGAUACCUCCGUAUUCAACGGCUGAAUGAAUCCGAUCUUGCUGGAAUGGUAUCUCAUAAAAGCGAUGCUGCAUUUGAGAAAGUCAGCGAUUCAAAUGAAGUGGAAGUCCUGCGGUUUCUGGUAGAAUCGAUCUCUAGUCUUCUCGAUGGUUUCAAAAAUCAACUAGAAAAGUUAGAAGAUCAACUCGCGGAAGGGUUCUAUACUCCGGAAGGGAACGCAUGGUCGGCGGCGCACGUCAGUCUGGGUGAACAGCGGGUGUUGAGAUUGACGAGAAAGACAGCGGAGGAUUUGUUGGCGGCGGUAGAGACCGGAAGUGGGAAUAAGAGACGCCUAUUGUCGACACCGGCCCAAUGCGCGAAGUGCAAAAAGGUUUCUGUGCAUUUGAUGCGGUGCGGAAGGUGCAACGAGGUCAUAUACUGCGGGCGGGCUUGCCAGGUUGCCCAUUUCAAAGAGCACAAGGCAAUUUGUCGAGCUACAGCGGCUAAGAAUGGUUCUAAAAAGGAUUGA